AUAGAUGAGAAAGUGACUUACCUAAUCCGAGGUGUGUGGCUCCAAAUCCUCCCAGUCCCCACCUUAACACAAACUGAAAUUUUGCCACAGCAAAUGAACUUGUAAUAAGCUGCAAGCCAAUCAACUUUCAUUCAUCCGAACCCAAUUAAAUUAAAAAUAAAUAAAUAAAUAAAAAUGGCCACCAUAUCAGCUUGCAUCUCAACUUCAUCGGUUUCACGUGUUGCCCUUGUGCCCAAGACAUCCGCCGUGCGCCCGUCCACAGUUCACGGCUUGCCAUCGAUGUCAAGGAAAAUGGGGAAAGUUCGGUGCUCUAUGGAGGGAAAGCCAAAUGAGAGCGAGCCGAAUGUGGGGAUGGCGGCUUCAUUGGCGGCGGCUUGUGUGGCGGCUAUGUCAAGCCCAGCCGCCAUAGCCUUGGUGGACGAGAGAAUGAGCACUGAAGGUACUGGGCUGCCUUUUGGGCUGAGCAAUAAUCUAUUGGGCUGGAUCCUCUUCGGUGUAUUCGGUUUGAUUUGGGCUUUCUACUUUAUCUAUGUCUCGAGCCUUGAGGAGGAUGAGGAAUCAGGGUUGUCCCUUUGAAGCUUUUGAGGGAUUUUAAUUUUUGUUAUUAUUAAAUCUUGUAUAAUAGAUUGUGUUGUGUUCAUUAUGUACAAGCAAAACACUACUUUUUAGUUUUUACUGUAAUUGCGUGGUUUUCUUUUGACUUGUUUGUUUAAGAGCCUUGAAAAACAAUAUGAUUAAUGAUUUGUAGGAUGAAGAGGUUUUAAAUGAAAUGAACAGUUCGUGAGCUCGACUCGACUUGUUUGAUAAACGAACCAAACUCGAACCCAUUUAGAGCUCGUUUGGUUCAAUAAGGCUCAAAAGGUGAUUUUUAUUUAAUAUUUUUAGAGUUUGGUCUUCAAAAGAAGGCUCGCUAUAGACCGG